AUGUCGCGGACAGAGAAGGCAGCCUUGCAGCACAAGGCCACUCCCAAGACUUCGCAGCCAGCCUUCCCAAGGAGGAAGCUGUUUCAAACACCAGGCAGCGAACAGUUUUUUCGAGAGGUUAUGCAGCGAGCCUCCUCGAUCCAGAUCCCAGCUGUUGUGGCUGGAGAUUUCAACUGCGACCUUCAGAGCCUUGCUGUUUGGGCUGACAUGGAGUUUUCUGGUUGGCACGAUGCUGCUCUGUUGCAGGAAUCCUGGGAUGGUGAAUCGUCUUCAAAACUGGACUAUGUGGUAUUCAGCUUCAAGGUAUGUAUUUGUCGGCCCAACCGGAGAGUGAUCACAAGCCCAUCAUUGCUGUGUUUUGAUUGGUCGGCUUUGCCUGACACUGGUCGUUGCUGUCGGAUGCCACUGGAUAUGGCCAAACUCCAGCUGCCCCCACAAAGUGUCCUACAAGCUGAAGCACCUUUUCGAAUGCUUGCAGACCUGGAAUCUGCGAUGGCGUCUGCUGAUGCGUCACGAUCCUGGGACAUGUUGGCUUUUGCAGAGACCAUGCCAGAUCCGGGGAGUUCCAGCCUACUGGUGGUGAAGCCUCGAAUUUGCUUCCUCAACGUGUUCGACAGAGAGAUUGGCUGCUGCAAGAACUAUGGCCUGGCGAGCCAUUCCGGCGGCUACGGGUUUCCCUCCGUGCUUUCGAACAUGGCGGUUGCAGGAAUGGAUUCCUUCUCCAGUUAUGAACUCAAGAACAUGCCUACGCAGCUUCCGCCUUACCUUCUCAACCUGCUCAACCUUUUUACCACUCAAGCAGACUGGCCUCCUUACCUCUGCGAGGCUAGAAUUGGAACGGCACUGCUCUACAAGCCGGGCAAACUUGGGGAUAUCUCAACCACGAGGCCGAUUACAAUAUUGGCCUCUGUUCUUCGGCGCUGGGCCAAGUUGGUUACCAGGAAAAUGCUCAAACACAUGCAAGGUCACCUCCCUGCUUUUCUGUUCGGCUCUGUGCCUGGGAGAAGUACCAAUGACAUGAUUGGCAUCAUCCAAACAAAGCUGGAAGAAGCUCUUAUUGGCAACAAGGACCUUGUCUGCUCUGGAACUUGGGGUGAACCUGUUGCCUCACAGGUGGGAGUCCCUGAGGACUGCCCUAUUGCUGUGGUCCAGAUGAUACUCAUUAAUUGGUUCUGUACUGCGUUUGUUAAAACAAAGUCUCAAGCGGAUCUGUAUUCGCAUGUGAAUGAUUGGAUUAUUUUCCUUCGGGAACCAGACAAAGCCUUUCAAACAAUUGGCUCCAUCAACAAACUUGCUGAGAGUUUGGGAAUGAUCCUUUCACUUAAGAAAUCCAAUGUCUUUGCGACUCAAUUGGGUCGCGCCAGGGCCUUGCAAGGACAACUGCAGCAGAUGGUCUAA